GUAUUUGGAAGAUGCGCCUUUGGCAGCAAUUACAGCCUCAAGUCUGUGUAGAUAGGUCUCUAUCAGCUUUGCACAACUGGACACUGCAAUUUUUCCCCAUUCUUCUUUACAAAAUUGCUCACGAUCUGUCAGAUUGCUUGGGAAUCAUGAGUCCUUUUCAAGUCCAGAUGCAAAUUCACAAUUGACUCUGACUUGGCCACUCUAGGACAUUAACCUUGAUGUUUUUAAGCCAUUCCUGUGAAGCUUUGGCUUUAUGCUUAGGGUAUAAGCUUUGUCUUACUAGUAAACAAAUCUUCUCCCAAGUUGCAGUUCUCCUUAAGACUGCAUCAGGUUUUCCUCCACGAUUUCCUUGUAUUUUGUUGCAUUCAUUUUGCCCUCUACCUUCACAAGCCUUCCAGGGCCUGCUGCAAUGAUGCAUCCACCACCAUGCUUCAUGAUAGGGAUGGUGUGUUUUUGAUGAUGCGCGGUGAAACAGCUGGGUUUCAGGCCAAGACCCUUCAUCACAAGUCCUGAUGAAGGGUCUCGACCAAAAAUGUCAACUGUUUAUUCGUUUUCAUAGAAGCUGCAUGACCUGCUGAGUUCCCCUAGCAUUUUGUGCAUAUUACACAGUAAAAAAUUGCCACUGUAUGAUCCAUUAUAGAAUGUAGGUGUAGGAAGUAAUCUGGAAAAAUAACAUAUUUGUUUAUUGCUUAGGGAAUUGAAUAUAAAUGUAGGGAGAUUAUCCAUUGGUUAUAUAAAGCAUUGAUAAGAUGACAUCUGCAGUACUGGAAAGUAUUGUUCUAAUUAUUUAAGAAAGGACAAUGUAUGUUGGAAGCAGUUCAGAGAAGGGUUACUACACCAAGACCUGGAAUAGGUGGGUUGUUCACGAGGAGAGAUUCAACAGGUUGGUAUCUGCUGGAACUUAGAAAAGGGGAAUUGAUUGAAACAUGUAAGAUCCCUAGGAGUCUUUAUUUGGUGGAUGAGGGAGAAUCUUAAACUAGAGAUCACUGUUUAAAGAUAAGAGUUGGCCAUUUAAGACAGAGGCUAGAUGAUUCUCUUUUUUCAAAUGUUUUCAAACAUUUCCUCAAUGGGCAGUAGAAGCAGCACCUUUGAAUACUUUCAAAGCAGAUGUAGGUAGAUAAUUGAUAAGCAAGAGGGUGAAAGUUUACCAAAGUUGUGUGGGAAUUUAUUGUUGAGAUCACAUUCAAAUCAGUGAUGAUAUUAUUAAAUCACAUAGUAGGCUUUAUAGACUGAGUAGACUACUACAGCUCCUAAUUCAUAGAAAGUUGUCUUGCUCGAGAAGACUAAGAUGAAAAAAAAUUCCCCUAAAUGGUGUAAAGUUUUGAAACUCUCUGCCUUAAGGGACUGUAGUUGCUCUUUUACUGAAUACUUUCAAGGCCAAAGUUCAUGGAUUUUUAGAUGCUGAGGAAAUCAGAAUAUGUGGGGAUGAGUUGCAAAGGUGGAGUUGAGGCCCAGGGAAAGCCAUGAUCAUAUUGAAUGGCAAUGAAGGCUCACCUGGUUAGGUGGAGCACUUCUGAAGCAUUGACUGUCAGAAGAGUUAUGGAAACGUUGAUGUUGUGUUACAAGGACACAAGACUCUCUCUCUUACUCAUCGUUUCUUUGCCCUGGCAGUAUUGUUAAUGGUUGUCAGGACGCUGAAGCAGGGACCCAAUUGCAGACCAAGUACUGUGCGCACUGUGACAUUUACUGAGUAGCAAAUCCGGGGGGGGGGGGGGGCAACAAAGUCAGUGUCAAAAUUCAGGUAGAGAUCAAAACAUCCAGAGGAAUCCAAAAACCAGAAUUGGAAACAGGCAGAGUUGAUAUUCAGACAGACAGAGUACAGUUACGAAUGCUGGAAAGGCUCUGGAAAACUCACUGGCACAAUCUGACAAUAAACAAGUGAAAACACAGGACUGAAAUACACUGACAAUAAACGGAGAGGCAGAUGAUAGGUGGAGCACAAUGAGACAGAAGCAGCAGCAAAACAGGUAACAAUGAGAAACAGGUGAGAGACGGAGUACUCGGUAAUACAGGGGCUGGAGUAGAGCAGGAGCGGGGACAGGAGCACAUGGGAAUACAAAACCACAGACUGACGGCUGGGGGAAACACACAAAAAGACGGUUCAACUGGAGGUACUGACAAUGGUAGAAACAUGAAUUGUCCCUCCAUCUCAUAAUUUUCACCACUGUCAGUCUCUCCUCUCUUGCUCCCUUUCUCACUAUUUUUAAUAUACCCCCGACUCAUUAGAGCAGUUAUAACACUUCAGAACCACUUCCUUCUCUAAUGGGCGGUUUAGUACAUUCAGAAGGUUUGAAAGUCCCACCUUGUACUUGAUCUUUUAAUGACCAUUCGCUCUACUUCUUCUAAAUGAAAGUAAAUCAGUAGCCCUGUUGCAACGCAGCAUCAGCCAAUGAAAUACAACUCGGUUGACCAUUGUACCCAUUGACGGAACUUGGUAAUCGGAUUGUAGGUGGUGAGAACAGCUGACUGGCUCUGAUAACUGAAUCAAUAUUGGACAGGAGUGGAAAAUAAAUAUUUAAGCAGAAAUGGGAAAGGGGGUGGGACUUCAAAAAAAAAAUCAUUUCAAAAAGAAAACAUUUGUUAUUUUGUGGAUUUCUGAUGGGGGGCCAGAGGGAAAUAAGCACUUGUUUUGCAUUAAGCUUUCAGAUGCAGUGUUAGUGUUUAAGGUAUUCCCCUGCACUUUGUACAACAGUUAACAUGGGGUCCAAAGUUCAGUGGCUACACCAGCGGAGGGAUAAAUGUAACCCAGCAAAAUGUGCCCAGUUGAAAUGUAAACAGAUGAACAAGACUACGUUUAUGAUGACCAAAGCAGGCCACUUUCUGGUGUAGAAAAUAGUAUUUUUGAUUAUUUAUUAAGUUUGGAAAGAGUGUUCUCACCUUAGGUUUGUGGAUCAUGUGGGAAGGAUUCAGUAACAUCAGGGAGACCUUGAUAUGAGGAGGGAUUAAAUAAAUCUGUGGGAUUAGUUACAAAUUCUGCUGUGGGGCAGGGGGGGAAGAUGGUGACCAAAUUGACACCUCUGCAGCAGGAGCUGGUGAAUGCACUGGUGGGGUCUGGGAUCACCAAGCAGACUCUGAUUGAAGCUCUCCAUGAUCUCGAUCCUUAUCAACCUGUGAAGACCGACGAAGCCCAAGGGUCGACGAUCAACAAUCUGCCCAACGACGGCUGCAAGCCUGAGUUACUGCCGGCCUUAGCCAACGGCCACCACUCGACUAAGCUGUCCGGCGACGAAAGCUCAGAAGACGGCGAUGAAGACUAUGACACCCCGACGAUCUUGAAGGAACUGGACAACCUCAGCCCCGAAGAAGCGGCUCAGCAGAGAUCAAUAGUAGAACAACUUCUACAAGAGGACCCGUGGAGGGCAGCAAAGAUGAUAAAGUGCUACAUGCAACAGCACAACAUCCCCCAACGUGAAGUGGUGGACACAACUGGCCUGAACCAGUCUCACUUGUCGCAACACCUGAACAAGGGAACACCCAUGAAAAAUCAGAAACGGGCCACGCUCUACACCUGGUAUGUUCGGAAGCAGAGAGAAAUCAUGCAGCAGUUCAGCCAACCUACACAGAAGACAGGACCAAAUGUGGCGGGAAACAGACAGCAGCUGUUUCUCUUCGCAGAGUUCAACACCUCAGCCCAGGGAACAUCGGGGGAAGAACCAGCUGAAGAGCCAACCAAUAAGAAGAUGAGAAGAAACAGGUUCAAGUGGGGCCCUGCUUCACAGCAAAUAUUGUUUCAGGCCUACGAGAGGCAGAAGAACCCAAGUAAAGAGGAACGCGAGGCCUUGGUUGAAGAGUGCAACAGAGCGGAAUGCAUACAGCGAGGGGUCUCACCGUCACAGGCCCAUGGACUGGGCUCUAACCUUGUUACCGAGGUGCGGGUGUACAACUGGUUCGCGAAUCGAAGGAAGGAAGAAGCCUUUCGGCACAAGUUGGCGAUGGAUGCUUAUGGCACUCAGCAACCGCAUGCAGUAACCCCCGUGACACUCCACAACAGCUCACCCCUGCCAACAAGUGCUUUAUCGCCCACCAAACUACACGGAGUGAGAUAUGGCCAGCAAGGAUCCAAUGAAAUUGUGCCUCCAUCUGCUAGUCACCAUGGCAACAGCACUAUGGUGACAACUCACACAAUCCUCCAACCCGUUUCUCCUCCGGGUCUGGAACCUAGCUCCAGUUUGUUGACUACAGACACCAAAUUGAUAGCUGCCUCGGGAGGAACACUCCCCCCUGUCAGCACGCUGACCGCCCUCCAUGGCUUGCAACACAACCCGCCGACUGUAGCCCAGCAGACCCAGAACCUCAUCAUGGCUUCCUUACCGAGUGUUAUGGCCAUUACACCCAGUGACUCAGCCUGUCUCUCGCCUGCACUAGCAAACGGAGGAGCUUCUGCACUGGUAAUUGGUCUUGCCACGACUCAAGCUCAGAAUGUUCCGGUCAUUAACAGCGUGGGCAGCAGCCUGACAACUCUCCAGCCAGUGCAAAUUCCUCAGCAGCUUCACGCCCACCCCCAGCAGCCAAUCAUGCAUCAAGUCCAAGGUCACGUCGCCCAGAGUUCGUUCAUGGCAACCAUGGCACAGCUACAGAACCCACACGCUGUUUACAGUCACAAGCCAGAAUUGUCGCAGUACCACACCAGCCUCUUCCCACAAACCAUGGUCUUCACAGACGCCAGCAAUCUCAGCAGCCUGACCAGUCUUCCCAUGGCAAAGCAGGUUCUGACACUUAAUUCAGAGGUCCAGCCAGACAACCAGAUCCAUGCAUCUGUGCAGCAGGUACCACUGCAGAGCCUGGAUGGUUCCAUUCAGCAUAUUCAUCGAGUUUCCUCAAGCCCUGCGAUUACCACAGGCUAAGGUACAGCUUAGAUCAUCAAGACAUCCUAUAUCGAUGAGCACAUUCUGUGGGAAGAAAGACUCUCUAUCAAAACAGGAGAUCAGAAAUUAAUUAAAACACAAGCAAUUGCAUGAUUAACUUGACAGAAAUAAACCUUCGUGUUUGUUGCAAUAUGAGUCUUCCCAGUGUGAGUGACUUAAUUUAGUACUACACCUAGUUACCUCAUACUCAUUCGAAAUUCACCUUAAAACAAUAAUUUAAUUGUCUCAAGUUCCUGUCACGUAUUCUCAGGAGAGAACGUCAUGCUACUCAUUUCCUGUUUACCUUGUAUCCUCUUUUUAACCUUCUCACUGAUCAGUAGGGAAUUAUCUAUAACUUUGUCAUCAAUCCCCUCCAACAGAUUACUCUGUAACUCUAUAGGCCCACAUCUAAGCAAAGUAAGUCCAAACUUCUCAAGGGUCAGUUUGUAACUCUAGCUCAUCACAGACAAUAAGAUCCAGGCAAAUCUACACCCUUCCUUUACUGUGGUCUCUCAAAAAUAAACACAGUAGUCGCGAAAGUCCUAAUGCUGCCUGGAAGGUUACUUGUGCUCUGUGACAGGACUAUUGAAAAGACAAAGUUCUAAGAAUCACAGUUUGAUUUGUCUAGCAGUUCUGUGUUUGUUAUGAAACAUCCUGUGGGUGCAGCUCUGGCAUUUCUGACUGCUCAACUGUCCACUGUAGCACUUGUCUGAUUUUUAAUUCCCAUCAUUUUCAGUGGGAAUGAAAAUGGGACCUUUUCCAUAACAGACUGCCCAGCAUAAAGCUGAUUUUACACCAAGGGUGCAAAUCACACAAAUCAUACUUACUGUUGAUGUCUUUGUAUAGAUCACAUCAUUUUGAGUGAAACCCUGAACAACCAUGUUUAUAUUUUUGCUGUAAGUAGCAAAUGGGUAAAAGUUUCACAAAUCCAGUAAAAUCUCUGCUAUAUUAUAAAGCUGAGUAGAUCCAUCUCUGUUGUAAUCACUGAAUCAAAGGAUAAACAUGUCACCUCACAAAGUGCACUGAAAUUAGUACAGCCAAUAAUCACAAAUAUCAUAAAUGUUAUCAUCAUUCAAAAAUUCUCUCUUGCUCAAAUAACACAUAGCAGGCACUGAUGGAAGAGUGUAAUACUGCUCCCUCCUGGUACAAGGCAGCCAAGCUCAGUAACCAAGCUGGUUAAUGCAUAUAGGCAAUGGAAUUGAUUCAUUCAUCACAUUCUGUACACAUUGGUUCAGAUUAUAAGAUUUCAUCUUGCAACAUAAUGUAGAACAAGACAAAUCUAUUCUGUCUAAAUGAUCCAUAUCCUUCCAUCUCUGCAUAUCGAAGAGCUCCUUAAAUGCCUCUAUCACAUCUUCCUCCAUCACUCCUAGCAGAGCAUCCACCAAUCUCUGUGUACAAAAAAAAACUUACCUCCAAUUUUCUCUCCCUCAACUUAAAUGUAUAUCCUCUGGUAUUAGACACUUCAACUCGAGGAGAAAGAUGCUGUCUGCGUACUCUAUCUGUUCCUCUCAUAAAGUUAUAAAGUUCUGACUGAUUUUAUGCACUGCCUACAUUACCUUCUUCAACCAAAUCAGAACACACAUAGCACCAUUAAACUGGCUGCUAUGAAUGCAAAUAAAUUUCAAGUGUUGAACAUUAAGAGGACAGAAAAUCAAGUGUUAUCUGCAUAUUCCGAAUACCAACUCCCAGAGGACAGGGUUCUGGUUAAGGAUUGGAUGACUGGAAAAUUUAUUGUAUGAAAAUGGACAGGCUGCAACCUAUUUAAGAGGCUGGAAUUCAGCUAAAAUGCACGCCUGUGUAUCUCUCAUGUCAUUUCACUCCUUUGAUAUAUAGACUUGUCACAGAAUAGAAGAGUUUGAGCUGGUGAUCUCACACCUUGGUGAGUUCUCAGCUGCAGCUGUGGUGUUACACAAAAAUGCUGAGUGCAGUCCCUGUUCUUCCCCUGGAGCAGAAUCAUAGAGGAACAACAUUGGCCUCCCCCAGAAUAAUAUCGGUAAAGUCCUGCCAACCAGCAGACAGGAGAGGGAGAAAAAUAAGUAGCAAAAGUAGGGGGAAAAAGUAGGGGGAAUGCCAUACUAGAUCUAGUACUAGGUAAUGAACCGGGUCAGGUCACAGAUCUCUCAGUGGGUGAGCAUCUGGGGGACAGUGACCACCGCUCCUUGGCCUUUAUAAUUAUCAUGGAAAAGGAUAGAAUCAAAGAGGACAGGAACAUUUUUAAUUGAGGAAAGGCAAAUUAUGAGGCUAUAAGGCUAGAACUUGCGAGUGUGAAUUGGGAUGAUGCUUUUGCAGGGAAAUGUACUAUGGACAUGUGAUCGAUGUUUAGAGAUCUCUUGCAGGAUGUAAGGGAUAAAUUUGUCCCGGUGAGGAAGAUAAAGAAUGGUAGGGUGAAGGAACCAUGGGUGACAAGUGAAGUGGAAAAUCUAGUCCGGUGGAAGAAGGCAGCAUACAUGAGGUUUAGGAAGCAAGGAUCCGACUGGUCUAUUGAGGAAUAUAGGGAAGCAAGAAAGGAGCUUAAGAAGGGGCUGAGAAGAGCAAGAAGGGGGCAUGAGAAGGCCUUGGCAAGUAGGGUAAAGGAAAACCCCAAGGCAUUCUUCAAUUAUGUGAAGAAAAAAAGGAUGACAGGAGUGAAGGUAGAACCGAU